AUGUAUUAUUGGGUGUUAGUUCUUACACUCUAUAACCAAUCUAUUAUAAUCUAUCCGGCGGAGGAUAGUGGUCGCGACGUGUUCGCCCUUGGUAGCAUUAUCGGCACGAAGUAUACAGAGAUCGACUACUCCUAUGCUAAUACCAAUGAAAUCGAGGUAAUUAAUAUUGCAAAGAUAGUCUUAAAAGACGUUAGAGUGCCUAAGAUAUACUUUAUAGGGAAGACUUCGGGGUAUUGCGUUAGCUAUCGCUUGGCCAUAUCUUUCGCGAGCCUAAAAGGGAUCCUUCAAAGAGCAAGCACGCAAUAUACUUCGAUAGCUAGACUCUAUCAAGCCUACCGAUGGAUACUAGGCUCGCUCUUACGUAUUAAUGAUAAUAAGAUUGUAGGGCUUAUUGAUUGGGAAAUAGCGGGCUUUUUUGGGUGGAAGACAGCUAGAGAAGUCUAUCGUAAGCUAAGGCCACACGAUACGUCUUUUUAG